GGAUGGGAGGAAAGAAGGAGGAUAGAUGUGUUAGAGUGGGCAGGGGAGAACCAGAGAGGGAUGCAAGAGGUGGAGGAACGGGUGGUUAAGAAAUGAAGGUGUAGCCUUACGGAGACAAUAAAACGAGCAUUAUUUCUGAAAAAAAAAAUACAGGUCUUUGCGGUUUGUUCUAAGCAGAGAAUCCUUUACUAUUUCUGAGGCGUAAGGUUGCCUUUAUACGCCGUUGGACAUCGCCGCCGAUCAAUGAUAAUAGGUUUGAUUAUAGCAUAAAUUAAUAACAAAGUAGACUUAAAAUCCACAGUGACAAAAAAGGAAGAGACAAACUAUGAUCCGAGGAUGAUUUCUGCUAAGAAAACUCCGGAGAAGAGUCGUUAUCCUAUUCACUAUUUGGUGUGGCACAACAAACACCGACAGCUGGAGAAAGAGCUGGCAACGAACGAGCAGACUGAUUUAGAGUUUAUAGACCCUCGUGGCCGGACUCCUCUCCACCUGGCUGUCACCUUGGGCCACCUGGACUGUGCCAGGGUCCUGCUGCAGCACGGAGCUGACGUUAGCAAGGAGAACCGCAAUGGAUGGACCGUUCUUCAGGAGGCAGUGAGUACAAGGGAUCCGGAAUUGGUGCGUCUCGUGCUUCGUUACCGUGACUACCAGAGGACUGCCAAGAGACUGGCGGGCAUCCCCAUCCUGCUGGAGCAACUGCGCCAAGCCCAGGACUUCUACGUUGAGAUGAAAUGGGAGUUUACCAGCUGGGUGCCCCUGGUGUCUCGUAUCUGCCCCAGUGAUACCUACAGAGUUUGGAAGAGUGGUCAGUGUCUCCGUGUUGACACCACCCUGAUGGGCUUUGAACAGAUGACUUGGCAGAGAGGAAACCGCAGCUUCAUUUUCAGGGGACAAGACUCCAGCGCAGAGGUGAUGGAGGUCGACCAUGACAGGCAGCUGGUGUUCUGCGAGACCUUGUGCGUCUCGUCUCUCAAAGCCCUCUCGUCUGGCCGGGGGAAUGGCGCUGCCUGCAACAGCAACGCCGCCAGUUUAGGCCUUCUGGGGGCAAUGCAGCCCAGCGAUGAGCAGGUAGCAGCCAGGCUCUCUGGCCCCGUGGUGACCACUCAGCUGGACACCCGCAACAUUGCCUUCGAAAGGAACAAGACGGGUAUACUGGGCUGGAGGAGCGAGAAGACUGAGAUGGUGAAUGGAUAUGAAGCCAAGGUGUACGCAGCAUCCAAUGUGGAGCUGAUCACCCGGACCAGAACUGACCAUCUGUCAGACCAGAACAAGAACAAGACGAAAGGGGGGAAGACUCCACUGCAGAACUUUCUUGGGAUUGCUGAGCAACACAUGGGGCCUAACAACGGGGCCUUGGUGACCCAGAUGUCUUGUCCUGCGAUAACCAAUCCAGCAGCGCUGACGGCCGAGGAAUACUUUAACCCUGUCUUGUCCCCGACCCAGAGGGACAUCGGCCAUCCAUGCCAGCUCACCACUAAGACCCAGAGGUUUAAAGCCAAGUUGUGGUUGUGCGAGUCCCAUCCUCUGUCCCUGGCAGAACAAGUGGUGCCUAUCAUCGAUCUCAUGGCAAUCUCGAACGCCCUGUUCGCUAAGCUGCGUGACUUUAUAACUCUGCGUUUGCCGCCUGGCUUCCCUGUCAAGAUCGAGAUCCCUCUCUACCACAUCCUGAAUGCCAGGAUCACCUUCAGCAACCUGAACGGCUGCGAGGAGGGGACGGGCGUCCGUGCCGACAACGAAGUGGGGGUGGAGGGGGAUGGACAGAGGGACACCCCCAGGACAGACACCCCUUCUCCAGGCAGUGACUCCUCCAGCGUCUCCAGCUCCAGUUCCACAAUGUCAUGCCGAGCCGGAGAGAUUCCCCCAUGUGUGUUCGAGCCUCCGGCUGGAUACUCCAUGCUGGGGAGCAAACAGCGAGACAGCAUAAGGGAUGAUGAGGAGGACCUGCUGCAGUUUGCCAUACAGCAGAGUCUGCUGGAGGCCGGCUCCGAAUAUGAUCAGGUGACCAUCUGGGAGGCGCUGACCAAUAGCAAGCCAGGAACACACCCUCUGCCCUGUGACCCAAGUCGUGUGGAGAGGACCCCCCAGCACAAACCCUGUGCCCCUUCCAGCCUCUGCUCCACUCCCUCCAAGAAGCAGCCAACCACCUGCAGCUAUGACGAGCAGCUACGCAUCGCCAUGGAGAUCUCAGCUCGCGAGCAGGAAGAGGCGGAACUCCGGCAGCGGCAGGAGGAGGCGGAGCUACAGCGCAUCAUCCGGCUGUCACUCAUGGAGAAAUGAGAGCUGAGUGGAGCAACAGGGGUCUGAGGGGAGGGGUCUGGACUAAAGAUACAUGGGAGAAAAGGGCUGUAAAGGCUACUUUAAAACUUAAAGCACACUGUAAGUGGUUGGAAAAAAGCCCAAAAGUAAAGUCUUAGUGAUCUCAUACAAUGAAAGGGCCACCACGUUUCUCUCCCAUCUCCUUUGCCAGACCUUUCCCGUGAAGCCAUACGUGGAUGUGGCUGUCCAGCCUCAGACAGCCAGAGAGGGACCUACUGUAAGUUUCCUAUUUCUGGUGCCACAUACUUUCUUGACCAGUGCCAGUUUACAACCAACAACACAUCCAAAACAACAAAUUUAGUGGAAUGCCUCGUUGAAUGAGUAAUUUUUGUCUAAUUGCAGAUGUGUACAUCUGUGUGUGUGUGUGUGCUUGUGUGUUUGUGUGUGUGCGUAUGCGUGCAUGCGUGUUUCAAAACCAAAUCUCCACACAUGGGUCAACAGAUCACCUUCUGUUAGGCCAACUCUUUACUCCAGCACUAACACACACACUUACUGGGUCCUUUUGUCACUGAGUCGUGUGGAUUUUAGUCUUAGCUGUAAUAAAAAACAAACAAAAAAAACAAUAAAAAGCUAUUGUGAACUGCGCAGUGGCAAACCAGGACCAGUGGUGUGGCAGAAUACCGUAAAACUCUUGGUUGAGUUGAGUUGAAUGUCAUCAAACCAUCUGACUUCCUCAGUUUUUAAUGAAAACAUUGGGUAAUUUUUUUUGAUUUGCACAAAAAUCCAGACGUACUGUAUUUAGCUUGUGGGCGGAUCACAUAUAUGACUGUUAAUGGAUGUAGAUGAAGAGUUUGAGCACAAACUAAACUCAGGCCACUACUAGUUUUAGCCUGAUGUCUAAUCUGCGCAGGAGCAAAGAUAUCAUGAGACUAUUAAAAGAACACUUGAUGUACGACUAACUAACCUGUGUGUGACUGUGAAUGUGGGUGGUUGGGGGGCAGUGUGUAAUAAAAAAACAACAUGAUUGUUGUUUGCAAGUAUCAAUGUUACUGAAAGAGAUUUUCUGUAUAUUUGAAUCUAAUCACGUGAGCGGAUGAUUUCUGUAAGUGUGUAGUCACGGUACAGUGUGUGUACAACAUUUCAACAUAGUCUGCACCCAUGUAUGGUUCAUUUUGUCCGACUUGAGUCUAGCCUGGAGACCUGCAAUACCUGAGCACGCUCUCUGAGGGAAAACAGGCCCCGCAAGAAUCACUGUUAAAGCUAUUGAUAGCAAUUUCAGUUGUUGCACCCCAAAAGCAAGCUGGCAACACGCUAAAAACAAAAGCAAAUCUAAAAUAAAAUAAAAACUGUGGAUUAUUUUGUUAGAAUUGGAAAGUUUUUUCAAUAUUGCUCUCAUCAUUGUAAGUAACUUGAUAUUGGAGGGCUCAAGGCUAGCCAAACACUGAGGAACAUGUUUUGUUAUAAGGGACGAGGACGGACAGGGACAGCUUGGUUUUUUAUUAUUUCUUUAAAAAAAAAAAGAGAUGUACAACUUUCACACUCCUAUAUCAGCACAAACUGAGGAGAACCACCUCUGCCUCCUCUCCAAUCCAUUGUUAAGCUUGCCUGGUUAAUAAGAAAAAUAUCCAUUUUUUUUACCUUUUGAAAAAUGUUGCAGAUAAGAGAUGCAGCGAGAUGUUUUCAUGGUGUAUGCUGGAACAUGAGUUCAGAUCAUGAUUUGAAUAAAUAAACAUCUUUUGGAACAGCA